AUGACACUCUACUUCCAUGACUACUACGACGGCCCCAAUGCUACGAUGGUCGCACUCACGGGUAUCCCCGGCAAGGCUUGGAUAUUCGACAAUUUUGGAACCACUUAUGUCGCCGAUGAUCGGAUAACACAAAAACCUGACAAGAAUUCACCUGAAAUUGCACGUGGCCAGGGCAUCUACGUUACGUCCUCACUUGAUGGGGCAAAUUCGCACAUUUUGAUUUCCAUUGUUUUUACAAGCAAUCAAUACAAUGGUAGCACCUUGGAGAUUCAUGGCCGCAGUUUACAAGCUGCUGAUGUCAGAGAAGUCUCCGUGGUGGGCGGCACCGGGGAAUUCAAGUUUGCCAGGGGAAUUGCAAAAUUUGAGACCCUUAACGUGGACACAUCGACUUUCUAUGCGCUCGUACAAUGUAAUCUUACUGUGCUACAUUAUUGA